AUGAAGAUGAAGAUGAAGAUGAAGAUGAAGAUGAAGAUGAAGAUGAAAAUGAAGACGAUAUUGCAGGACAAGAGAGAAGGGCUGCAGUGCAGCUUGGGGACUGAGGGUAGGCACCAGGCUGAACCUCAGCUCCGUAUCAGCGCCAUGGAAGAUGAGGGCGCGCGAUCGGUCUUUGAGCUCUCCCAGUCGCAACUCCUCCAGCUGCGUCGGGCAUGUGAGCAGGGUCAGGCGCAGGCAUGCUCGGCGUUCGGGGCCGGUCUAACAGCAGACGACAGCGUGAAAGGCAAGCGAAUCGCCAAGUUCCUCAAGAAAGGCUGCCAGCUCGGAGAUCCCAACGGCUGUUUCGCGCUCGCUGGAUUGCAGAUGGAGAAGAGGGUUCCAGGGAACGAGGAAGCUGCUUUCCAAAACACGCUGACGUCAUGUCGGAUGGGCCUAGCAGAAGGUUGCUGUCAGACUGGACUGAUGCUCUUCUCUGGACUUGGAACGAAGCAGAACAUUCAAUCGGGGCUGGGGGUUUUGAUGCAAACUUGCGAGAAAGGAAACCACGGCAAGAGCUGCUUCGAGACAGGAAGGAUCAUAGCGUCUCUUGCUGAUGCGGGUGCCAUCGACAAGGAGAAGAUCAACGCCACUGAGAAGAUCCGGACCUAUCUCCGCAAGGAAUUUGAGAAGCAGUUCCCUCCAUCCAGCGACGCGGUCCACGAGGUCGAUCGGAUCCUUGAGGCGGAGCGAGGUGAGCAAGGAGGGCAGGAGGGCAAAGGUCAAGACUAG